CCUGCUAGCACACGGUGCAUCUGCGAACACUCGAGAGCAGGACCAAACUGGCAAAAACACCCUGACCAAAAGACUCCUCAAAAUCAGUCACAUCCUGGGAAGCAGUGUCCAAUUGGCCCUCGAUGCCACCGAGGUGCCCUACGCCAUCGCCACCGACAACCUGCAGUGUCGGGAGAGGCGGCAGCACCCUGACCUAGUUCGUGACCAGGUGGAGAUAGAGUUGCUGAAGGAAGCUGAACUGAUCAGAAAUAUCCAGGAACUCCUGAAGAGAACUUUGAUGCAAGCUGUUAACCAGAUGCGAUUAAAUCGAGAUCAGAAAGAGGUUUGUGAAAUGGACUGGUCAGACAAAGUCGAAACGUACAACAUCGAUGAGAAAUGUGGCAGAUACAAUAACCAGAGUACCAACAUCCAGUUCCACCCUGGCUCCGUGAAGUUUGAAGAGAGUGCCUCAACACCAGAGACAUGGUCAAAGUUCAGUCACGACAACAUUUAUAGGGCAGAACGAGAGAAAAUGGCUUCCAUCAAUCUCCGUGCCCUGAUUGACAGUGUUCUCCAGGACGUGUCUGAGGACCUGCGCGCGCAGUGCGCCGCGGUCAACGGGGCUUUUGCCAAACGCUGCGAGGAGCUGGAGGAUGCAAAACACAAACUAGAGUUUCACUUGAAAAACACACUUAAGGAGAUUGGAGAUCAAGAAGCUAACAUUGCUGCUCUCAAACAAGCUAUCAAGGACAAAGAAGCCCCAAUGAAAGUUGCUCAAACAAGGCUGUAUGACAGAUCUUUUAGGCCCAAUGUGGAGCUCUGCAGAGAUCCAGCACAAUUCAGGCUGAUCAGUGAAGUUGAAGAACUAACGGAGUCCAUUGAGUCUUUGAAGAAAAAACUGCUAGAAUCUGAACAGUCUCUGAGGAACCUGGAAGACACACGGAUGAAUUUAGAGAAAGAAAUAGCUGUGAAAGCAAACAGCAUUUUUAUUGAUAAGCAGAAGUGUAUGGCCCAUCGCACACGCUACCCUGUUGUUCUUAAAUUAGCAGGUUACCAGUAG